CUCUAUGUCUUCUAUCCUCAUAACCUAUAUCCGGAAAGAAAGUCUCAAGUUUUUUUUUGUAAACAUGGAUGUAAGAAAUUACAAGGAGGACCAGGCAAAUGAAAUAGAAGCCCUCGAUUCCAUUUACUGCGGAGAAUUGGAAAUUCUUGCCACGGAGCCUUACCACAGAUUCAAACUGCCCAUAGCCACAGAGGAAUACAAUGCAGACACGCAAGAAAAUGGUCUGAGAUGCGACUUGAUAUUCACAUACACGGAAAAGUACCCAGAUACCGCUCCUUUGGUAGAGAUUGAGGACCCCAUAAACUUCCUGGAUGACUACGAGAAGCGCCUGGUGGAACACAUUGAGGAGACAGUAGCUGAGCAUCUGGGUAUGGAGAUGAUUUUUUCGCUUGUCAGCAGUGCCCAGGAAUGGCUAAAUCAGCGCUGGGAUGAUGUAAAACAAGAGGAGGAGCUGCAGCGGGAACGUCGAUUGCGGGAGGAGGAAGAGCUGGAGCAGAAGAAAUUCGAAGGAACUCGCGUCACCGUUGAGGCCUUUCUGGCGUGGAAAGCCACGUUUGAGGAUGAAGUGGGAAUCACGCAGCGUAGAUUGAAGGAUUCAGGGGAAAAUCGCAAAUUAACUGGACGGGAACUCUUCCUGCGUGACACCACACUCAAUGAGUCAGACAUCAAAUUCCUCCUGGAGGCGGGAGAUUCCAUUGAGAGUGUGAAGAUCGAUGAGAGUCUCUUCCAGAACAUUGAUGAUCUUGAAUUGGACUCGGACACAGACGAUGAGGAUUAUGUUCCCGGAAAGGAAUAAAAGGCGCAUUGUUAAGAGUAAA